AUGUCAUUCGCCGAUCUUCCCAAGUUCGAUGACCUGGAAAACAAGAAACGAUAUUGGCCAGCGAAGGCAGGGAGCAGAGAUGAAGGACUUGGCAUGCUGAGGUAUUUGACUCCGGCACAUGUUGCUCAGGUUGUCAAGUCGGAAGUGCAGACUGGGGAGAGAGUAUGUUUGAACUGGGAAAUGACGAGACUAGAGACACCAGGCUUCAACAGAUUCCCAACCGAGCACGAGAUCGUGCCCAUUCCCAACUACGAAGGCAUUGCAUGGGAUGACAUCUGGCGCUUCAACCCGCAGGCUUGCUCCCAGUGGGAUGGAUUUCGCCACUUCAGCACCGACAUGGGCGAUGGCACUCGCAAGUGGUACGGUGGAACGAGCUCCGACGAAAUCACGGAUGGCGAUAGCAGUCGCAUUGGAAUUGGCCAUUGGGCACAGGAAGGCAUCGCCGCUCGAGGGUUUCUGAUCGACUACGUCUCGUAUGCUGCCAAGAAGGGUAUCGAAUUGAGUGGAAUGAGCGGCCAUGCAAUUCAACUUGAAGAGGUCUUAGAGAUCGCCAAGGAGUGUAACAUCGAGUUCAAACCUGGAGACAUCUUCUUUCUGCGCUGUGGAUUCACCAAGACCUGGGAGUCGAUCAGUCUGGACGAAAAGAAGGAAUAUCGAGCUCAGACUCAGGCUCACAAGCACAAGCAUACGGGUCUGAUGCAAAGUGAAGCUGUCGCUCGUUUUGUCUGGGAUAACCAUAUCGUUGCUGUUGCUGGUGAUGGCGUCAGCUUUGAGGUCCGACCAACCCGAGACGUCGAAUGGUCAAUGCACAACUAUUGUCUUGGAGGCUGGGGUGUACCGAUUGGCGAGAUGUUCGACUUGGAGCGAUUGGCAGCCUUGUGCCAAAAGCUGAACCGGUGGACCUUUUUCAUCACAUCAUCCCCGUUGAACCACCCCAAAGCGGUGUCAUCUCCACCAAAUAUAAUGGCUCUUUUUUGA